CUCUGAACCUCUAAUUAGCUACUAUUUACAAUCCUAUCCUCAAAAUUUAAGUAGCAGAAUACGCUACUAAACCUACAACCUAUCAGCACAAACCGAUCGAUACAAACCCAGCUAUCAACCAUAGCCAAGACUCUCUAUUCUCUGUCUAAGAUGGCUCCAUCCCUGGAAUCUCUGAGCGUUGAGCUACUAGACAAUAUCGUCAGCUCCAUAGAGCCCCGUUCAGCUCUGUUCCAGCUUGCGCUAGUUUCUAAGAAAUACAACUCGUUAGCGACAUCCCAUCUUUACCGUCAUAUAUUCCUGGACUCAGACUGCCCGGACGGUGGCAUCAGGCAUAUGCUUCCCUUCGCGUUUAUUAUUCUGCAAAAGCCGCACAUUGCGUCUCUUGUCAGAACGUUCACAUUCCGUGGGCAUUUUCACGAUGAAGAGAAUCUUACGUUUGCUCCUAACAACGAGGAGGAAGACGACAGACGGCUGCCGUGGCCCAACCAUGUAGAGCGCAGUGAUCUCCUCAGGGGACUUAUUAAGAGAAUUUCCCAUUCACAAGAUGAAGAGGAAGAAUGGAAUGAAGCCGUUCUAUCUCAAUACGCACCUGUCGACGAUGCUAUCUUGUCACUACUACUGAUAUCUUUACCAAACCUACGUCUGCUCGACUUGGAAAUCACCACCUUUCAGCUCAACUUCCUUGCACGCACCUUCAACAGGGUUGCCUCCUCACAGGCGCCAUUUAUCACCGACCCGCCUUUCGCCCGUCUUACGGACAUUAUGUUGACCGGGAGUGAUGAUAUUUAUCCAGCGCAAUAUGUUCUUUUCACAGCAUGUUGUAGACUACCAUCGAUUAAGAGGCUCUACGGGAACCGACUUGGAGUUGAGGAUGACCGAGCUCAGCUACGUACGCUCACUGGCGCCACUACAAUCGAGACGUUGGAGCUCCGCCACUCGAAACUACACGAUGAUGACCUCCAUGUCAUACUUAGACCUCUGAAGUCCCUACAAACACUUAUAUACCACAUUGGAAACCCUUAUGCUAGAACUACUGUUCGCACGCGCGAUAUCCUCUCUGCAUUUGCAAUCCACGCCACCUCCCUCCGUCGCCUUGCCAUUGAUCACGAGGAUGAACAUCCAUUCUACUUUUAUCCGGAGGCCGACAGCGGCGACCGCGCCGAGCCACUCUCUUUCGUCGGCUUUACUGCCCUCACUCACUUGCGUGUGGCUCCUGUCUUCCUCUUCGGACGUACGGUCCUUAUAGAUUAUAUUGAGCCUGGGUCUCUAGAGGAGGACCAGAUGUUAAAUAUUCUACGGGUGGCAUUCCCUCCGAAUCUGAAGAGUCUAUACGUUACCCAUGCAGGUUAUAUGUUCCUCGGUGCGCAAGAUGGGAUGGAGAGGGCGUUCGAAAUACUACUUCGUCACAAGGAAUGCAUUCCCAACCUACAUGAGCUGGUAUUCGAGGGUCCAUUUGCAGACAAAGAGAGUAUCCGACGUGUGGGGCAGUUGAUAAGCCUUGCCGAGGAGGUGGGAGUGAGUGCCAGCGCAGUGUCCCUUCAAGAAAAUUCAUAUGUGAAAGAGAGAGGGUGGGGGUGGGAUGAGGAGGUGAGCUUCGAAAUGUGCGUGCACAACAGAAUGGGGGAGAGGGUACAGGUAUUGCCAAAGACUGUAGUGGCGACGGGAGGGGGUGAUAGCGGGAAUAAGUAACGGCAAAGAGAAGAAAGUGGUGAGAACAAGAAGCAACGAUAAUAUAAUAAGAGCUAUGACAACGAGAAUCAACGGCAAUCAACGGCAACAAUCGUUUUGAGCGCGCAAGCCUCGGCCAAGUUCAUCACACAGGUGCUCGCUGUAUGGUUCCGGUGGUUGCUCAUGCGCUCAUAUGGUUUAACGCUGAAGCCGACUUCCGAGAAGAGCAUGUCUUUCCUAGCCAAUACGCCAUCGAGGGUUAUGUGGUGUGUCGCACUCUUAAUCCCAUCACGAUUUCCCUCUCCGAGAUCGUGAUAUCCCGGCUUGCUUGCUCCUACAUCGACUUUGGUUGUGGCCAGUAGUGCCCGUCAGUCUGCUUUUUUACUUGGCAUCGACACUUCGUCCUGUAUUUCUUGAAUAACUUCAGCAUGUUGGUUUUGUUACUAUGGUUUUUGGGAGGUGGUAGAAGACAGACGGGAUGGUGAAUGGUGCGAACGAACUCAGAACCCGUGUUUCUAAAUUCUAGGCUGGGGAUAUCGAGGAAGUGGGAAGGUUGGAUGGGGUUUUAUGAUGCUAGCGAUUUUGCCGCAGAGUUGGAGUAUGGGGAUUUGAUUUUGACUGUGUACGAUAUGGAAGGGAGACGGGAGUUAUAUUCUCUUUCUGUACUUGCAUUUUGGCGAUCACAUCCUCUACUUCAUGAUUGCGAUACGAAUGAGAUAAACUUAUUUGACUUUUCUUCGAUGUGAUAUGAUAGGUUGCAAGGACUUGUAUAGUGAAGUGUUUGAUUAAAAAUUUCUCAAACAAAAAAUAUGAUAUCACGGCAAAGGAAGCUUUGGACUCGGAAGAAGAGUGCGCGGAC